UGCGGAUGAGGAUGAGGACGAGGAUGAGGAUGUUGCGCGUGUACGUGUCACCUGCGGAGAAGGUACGAGCUCCAUUCACAGCCACUGUGCGUACGUGCGUGUGUGUGUGAGACACUCAGUCCACACGUUCUUUCCACGUUACGACGACGAGAGCCAGAUGUGAACAGACACAGGGCGCGCGCGCGCGCACACACACACACUUAAUUUUAGCAGCAUACGUGUGGGAUGAAUGGAGCGGAUUUAGGACUUCAAUGAGUCCGUCAGCAUGGAGGAAACUCGGACCCGCAGCACGGCGGUCCCUUCGUUCGGCGGCCCGCGUUUGCACACAAUGAAAUGGUGAGGAUGCUGCGGGUGCAACAACACAGGCUCCCGUCCGCUGCUGCGCGAGACCAACGCAGAACCUUAACUACUUUAAUCGCAACGAAGAAACGAGUGCAGCCGCUUUGCGCAGGACUUCUCCUUGCAAUCUGUUUGGCAGAUGCCCGUAAAACCCUACAAACCUGUGACAAAAAACAAUCUCCAUCUGAGCCUUCGUUUUAAAGCAUGGCCUCUCUGUUCAGCCACGUGGGUUAGCUUACUUAUCCCUCCCUUCUCACCACUAUGAACAUCUCCUGUGCAUCCCAGGCCUCAAAUUUUACAAAUACAUUAGGGGGUCACCAAAUAUGGGAGGUAGCCUUGAUCAUCCUUAUCACUGGACCACUUUCUCUGGCCACAAUUGUUGGCAAUUUGCUGGUUGUGAUAUCCAUUCGAGUAAACCGCAACCUGCACACCGUCAACAACUACUUCCUGUUGAGCCUGGCUGUGGCAGACCUGAUUCUGGGAACCAUCUCUAUGAACCUCUACACCACCUACAUUAUCAUGGGCCGCUGGCCACUGGGGAAUCUAGCCUGUGACAUCUGGUUAGCGAUAGACUAUGUGACGAGUAAUGCAUCUGUCAUGAACUUACUUGUCAUAAGUUUUGACCGCUUCUUCUCUGUCACACGGCCUCUCACCUAUCGAGUGAAGCGUACCCCCCGGAGAGCAGGAAUUAUGAUUGGCCUGGCCUGGGCUGUCUCCUUUGUGCUCUGGGCACCUGCCAUCCUAUUCUGGGAAUAUAUUGAGGGGAGGAGGAAGGUACAGGAUGGCGAAUGCUUUAUCCAGUUCUUUUCUCAGCCCAUCAUCACCUUUGCCACAGCAAUUGCUGCCUUCUACCUCCCUGUCACCAUCAUGAUCUUUCUAUACUGGCGUGUGUACCGUGAGACUAAGAAUCGCACAAGAGACCUGUCUGGAUUGUUGGCCUCAGUCGUCGCUCACGGACCUUCACAGCCACCUAGAUGGCAACCAACCUACUCCAACAGCACCAAGAGCAGCAUAAGCAGCUCCAGGGAGAUGCAAACUCGGGAGAACUGUGGCAGAGAAGGCCAGUCGGGUUGUUUCUCCAUCCGACAGAAGACACCCCGGCUGACUCACGGUAGGAGUGUUACAGCCCUGUCAUCCCACUCAGAAGAGAGCAGCAUUAGGGUUGUGAGCCACAGCUGCUGGGAACUGGAGGAGGAGGCCUCCAACUCCACUUCUUCAGAAGAAGAGCAUGAGCAGGAUGCCAAAGGAGUGAGUGCCUUGGUGGUCCGUGUCCCCCUGAUCCAGAUGAGCGAUGUGCAGGAACACAUAAAAGAAAAUAUUACAGACAGUGGCAUCCGCAGGAUGCAUCGUUUGGGUGCCAGACAACUGGGAAGCCUACCUUCCUUCAGUACAGGCAAACAGCCCGGCCCAAACAGCCCAAAACCGCCCAUCACUAACAAGAGGAGGAGUAUGAUUGUUAAGGAGAAGAAAGCAGCUCGCACUUUGACUGCCAUCUUGCUGGCCUUCAUUAUAACAUGGACCCCCUACAACAUUAUGGUGUUGUUGUCCAUCUUCUACUGUGUACCUGAAAAACUGUGGCAGCUGGGCUACUGGCUCUGCUAUGUCAACAGCACAGUGAACCCUGUGUGCUACGCCCUCUGCAACGAGUCAUUUCGGAUUACAUUCAAGAGGCUGCUGCUCUGCCGUUGGGACAGGAGGAAGUGGGCCAAGCCGCAGCAAAGUGUCCGACUUUCUCUCAAGUCCUUUGGUACGAGCAGCACCGUGUGA